CAGUUAUAAUGUAAAUGAAUGUGUGCAGCACGCUCCCAGUGAUGCUUCACUUUGAAUCGUCACGACUAACGGACACAACAUUUUAUGUAUAUCAAUCAGUAUCACAUUUCACAGUCGGCAAACAUAAGCGUCAACAACAACAUCAGCUGUGACAUUUAUUUGGACAGUUUGUUUAUGUGCCUUACAUCAAGCUAUAUCGUCGAAGUAGUCUAAAAAAUUUUUUUACUGUUUUAAAUUUGGUCAAGUGAAAAGUGCGUUCUAUUUGUUUUGUGCGUUCUAUUUGGUGGCAAAAUACAAAGAAAAAGUUCACACGCAGUGGAAAAAAAUGGCAAAUGUCUUGCCGUAUUGUGUUGCGUAUUCGGAGGGAACCGAUGUGUGUCAAAGAUGUGGUUCCCAAAUUCCCGUAAAUUCGCUGCAGUUAGGUGUAAUGGAGCAGAGUCUUUCUGACGAUUGCAUGGAGGCAAAAUGGUACGAUAAAAAAUGUUUUUUCAAAGAUCGUCGCCCUGCAUCGGAUUUGGUAAUUGAUGGUUAUGUCAAACUUCGUUAUGAUGAUCAGAUGGAAAUUCGCAAAGAAUUAGGUAUCUGUGUUGGUAGCCGAAAGCGAUCAGCCAAAGAUGAUACCGAAAACAAGCCAGUACAGCUGCCAAUCAACGAGUUUUACAUUGAAUGUGAUAGAAAGGAACCGUGUGGCAGCUGCAAGAAGACCAUUAAAUCGAACGAAUUAUGUGUGAUGAAACUUAACCAUGACACCGAACUCAAUAACAAUUUCAACAGUCAGGCGGUGUGGUAUCACUUUUUCUGCUUUGCCGAGCAACAAGAGAAGUAUGGAUGGUUGAAGGCAGGCGACGCGCUUCCUGGUUUCAAAAAAUUGAAAGAUGGUGAAAAGGAAAUUGUGCUGCGAUACAUUAGAUCGAUGGAUUCCGACGACGAUCGAGCACCGUGUAAAAAGACACAGAAGAUUGAAGUGGGAAGUGCCGCUGAUGAAGCGUUCCAGAAACAGAUCAAAAAGCAAAACAACGACUAUUUUCAGCUACGUGACAUUCUCAAAGCAAACACCAAUUGUGAUAUUCGCAAAGCAAUUUUACAGGCAAAUGACCAAUUCAUUCCCGAAAACGAUACGGAGAUGCUCGAUCAUGUAACGGAUAUCAUUUGUUUUGGUGCCAUCGAACCAUGCAAUAAAUGCAAAAACGGCAAAUUCAUUUUUAUGAACUCAUCAUACCGUUGUUGUGGUGGUCACAUCUCCGAAUGGACUCUUUGCUACAAUAAAGUUAAGGAACCAGCUCGUACGGCUGUCAAAAUACCCACCGAAUACCUCACAUCGCUGCCAUUUUUGAAUCAGAAAUUUAAAGUUCGUGCCCGCAUUAUCAAGGACAUAGAAGAUAUUACCGACGAAGAUUACAUGCUGCAUACAAAUCAACCGCUUUUCAACAUGGAGUUCGCAAUAGUUGGUGAGACAAAAAUGACAUACGAUGAAAUCGAGGAGAAAAUUGUGCAAAUGGGCGGUAAAUUGAUCGGUAUUCAUAAAAAACUCAAUAUGGUCGAGACGCUCACUGCCAUCGUUGUUGGGACAAACGAUGAUGAAGUAGAGAAAAUGGGACCAGCCAUGACUAUGGCCAAAAAGCAUGGAAUCCACGUGGUGUCAGAAGGCAUUUUUGAUAAAAUAAAACGUGAAUCAAAUCCAGCUUUUUUCAUCGAUUUUGAAGACAUUAGCAAAUGGGGCAAAAAUAUGCACAAACGAAUACCAGAAAGAAAAGUCAUCGUUGAACAGAAUAAGUCUCACGAAAACCAUGAACCAAAAAUCAAAAAUUUGAAAUGGAAAUCUGGUGGUGUUGUUGAUCCAGAUUCAGGAAAGGCAAAUGAAGCACACGUUUAUUGUUAUAACUCACUGAAUUAUUGUACAGUUCUCACAUUGGUUGAUAUAACGGCGAAUAAAAAUUCAUAUUUCAAAAUGCAAUUACUUGAAUCCGAUGCCAAGCCCGAAAAGUAUUGGUUAUUUACGUCAAAAGGACGUAUUGGUACUGAAAUCGGUUCAACGAAUAUAAUGCCAUUCGAUAGUUUGGGCAAAGCAUAUUCCGAAUUUGGAAAUGUUUAUAUGGAAAAGACGGGAAAUGUUUUUGGUACAAAAUUUGAAAAAAAACCGUCUAAAUAUAAUCAGAUGGACAUUGAAUAUGAAACAAAAAAAGCGCCACCGCUACCAGCUGCCACAUCAAAUUUGAGCGAACCGGUUUUCAAACUGAUGGAACUUCUCUUCAACGUGAGCAUAAUGGAAGAGACAUUGUUGUCAUUUGAUUUGGAUACGGAAAAAAUGCCGCUGGGUAAAAUCAGUGCACAUCAAAUGGGAGAAGCCCAAAAUCUUCUACAAGAAAUUGAUGAAUUGUUGACACAACCAAAUGAUGACUCGUCUUCGGCGAAAAUUGACGACGCAUCGAAUCGUUUUUAUAUGCUCAUUCCGCACAAAUUUGACAGCCGUCCACCAAAAAUAAACAACCAUGAAAUGGUUCGCAACAAGUCGGAAAUGUUGGAGGCAUUGAUGCAAAUGGAGAUCACAUACACACUGCUGAAUUCGGGUGAUUGUGACGAGAAAAUGCAUCCAUUUGAUGUGUACUAUGAAAAGUUCAAAACCACCAUCGAAGUGCUCGACAAAACUACGGACGAAUUUAAUGACAUUUUGAAAUACGUACAAAAUCCGCAGGACCAUGAUGAAGUGAACGAUUAUAAGCGUCUCGAAUUGGAUCAAGUGUACAAGGUGUCACGACAUGAAGAGGUGCAACGAUUUAAACCAUAUGAAAAAAAUUUCAAUCGACAACUACUUUGGCAUGGUUCACGACUCACCAAUUUCGUUGGCAUUUUAUCGAAUGGUUUGAAAAUUCGACCAACGAAUGUACCAGUUUCAGGCUCAAACUUCGGGCACGGCAUAUACUUUGCUGAUUGCAUUCUGAAAUCGGCCGCUUAUUGCGAUGGAUACCACUCAAAUAACAUUUUGCUAUUGUUGUGUGAGGUUGCGAUUGGUCCAGUGAAAUUUUGUCAUAGACCAGAUUCAAAUGUGAAAUUGCCAAAAAAUUGUAUGGCUAUCAAAGCAUAUGGCCAAUUGUAUCCAAGCCCAUUUCAUGUUCGCCCGGACGGUCUAAAAAUUCCAAAUGGCUCGCUACAAGUUAGCAAUCAACCAACACAAAUGGCAUUCAACGAGUUUGUAGUUCAAAACGAAGCUCAAGUCAAGAUUAAAUAUCUUGUCAAGAUGAAAUACGCUGACACGGACACCGCUGAUUCGGAAUGUUCAAGUUGUUCGUAGUUUAAGACAAUUUUUUGAUCUCUAUAUUAUGUUAUGGAACGUUUUUUGUUUGUUACUUAAGGCGUAGACGCUAAAGUUUUUUUUUAUACAAAAAUUAUAAAAAAAUAUUUAUAUAAAUCUGAAAAAGAACAAACAUUUCGAAAGUGCAGUGAAGUAAAACAGCUUUGAUUUUGAAAUAAAUUACCAUUUCUUUAUUAAUAGCAUAAAAUUAUGUCUACGUCUUGUUGUUGUUGUUCUUAAUCGUUUAAUAUUCAUUUUGAAAUGUCAAUAUUAAUGUAGUAUUAAAUAGAUCUAGUUGCAAUGAAAAAUCUACAAUCCGUUGAUUUUCUUUUUGUUUCGUUUAUUUUUCACUUGCAAUAAAAUAAACGCUAAAAAUGAU